AUGGAGGGAAAGCUUGGUAUUGUUCUUUUUCUUGUUCUUUGCCUAAUAUGGCAAGCACAAGCUGCAGUCAACUGUACCGCCGCUGGACGCUUUGCGGAACCAGACGACACUACUUGCAAGAACUACACUCUUUGCAUCGCGUUAAGCGACUCUACAUUCGCAUCCUAUAACUACGUGUGCCCCACCACAUCUCUUUUUAACCCAACUACAUCUCUAUGUACAACAAAUUACGUCUGCAACGUUACAUCGGAUACCACUAAUACCACUGUAAAUAAUACAGUUUGCACGGAGGAUGGCUUCGUCGCAGAUCCCAGUUCCACCAAUUGCACCACUUACAUUCAAUGCGUGGAAGUCAACGGGACCUUCACUGAAAGCAGUUUAACUUGUCCGACCGACACUUUUUACAACCCAAACACAACGUUAUGUGAAACUGAUUAUAAUUGCACGUCGUCAACCAAUGACACAGAGACAGCUACCCCAUUUACUUGUUCAGCAGCUGGAAGAUUCGCAAAUUCUACGGACACUACUUGUAAGACCUAUUAUUUAUGUGUUUUAGCAUCAAAUGGAACAUAUAUAGACUAUGGAUAUACUUGCCCGACUACAUCUGUAUUCAGUCCUACGACGCAUUUGUGCACCACGAGUUAUACUUGCCCUAGU